AUGAGCUCCACGCAGUUCAACAACGUCGAACAGACUCUCGGCGGCCGAACUCAAGAACCGGCUCCUUCCAAAUAUGACCCCCAGAAGGAGGCUGAGCUCCGCAGCUGGAUCGAAGGGCUCAGGGGCCUCUCCAUUGGCCCCAACUUCCAGAAGGGUCUGAAGGACGGGGUGAUCUUGUGCACAUUCAUGAACAAGCUGCAGCCGGGCUCUGUCUCCAAGAUCAGCCGCUCCAUGCAGAACUGUCACCAGCUAGAAAACCUCUCCAACUUCGUCAAGGCCAUGGUCAGCUACGGCAUGAACCCUGUGGACCUGUGUGAGGCUAACGACUUGUUCGAGAGUGGGAACAUGACACAGGUUCAGGUGUCGCUUCUCGCACUGGCAGGGAAAGGGCUGCAGAGUGGCGUGGACAUCGGGGUCAAGUACUCAGAGAAGCAACAGCGGAACUUUGAUGAUGCCACCACAAAGGCCGGCCAGUGUGUCACUGGGCUGCAGAUGGGCAACGAAAAAUGUGCCAGUCAGUUGGGUAUGACAGCCUAUGGCACCAGGAGGCAUCUCUACGACCAGAACCACAUCCUGCCCCCCAUGGACCACUCCAUGAUCAGCCUUCAGAUGGGCACGAACAAGUGCGCCAGUCAGGUGGGCAUGACGGCUCCGGGGACCCGGCGACACAUCUAUGACACCAAGCUGGGGACAGACAAGUGUGACAACUCCUCCAUGUCCCUGCAGAUGGGUUACACACAGGGUGCCAAUCACAGUAGCCAGGCCUUUGGUCUGGGCCGCCAGAUAUAUGAUCCCAAGAAUUGCCCACAAGGCUCUGCGGCAGAUGGCGCUCCACCUGGUGCCACUGACUACCCCCAAGAGGCCUCAGAAUAUCUGCCCUUCUACCAGGAGGAAGCACCCCAGAAUGCCAACUCCCUAUUGCACUACCCUGUCUAG